UUCAGUACGAUCAAAACGCUAAACGUAUUAGAUAUUUUACAAUAAUUAAAUUACAAACUGCAAAUCGGGCAUACCACAGAAUAUAUAGAGCUCUCUGAAUCUGUCAAGGGUACUGCAGUAAUUCAAGAACGCGAUUGUGUGGAUUAAUUUGAAUGAAAAAAAUCACAGAAAUUUAAUUAAAAUUACGAAAAAUUAAAUUAAAAUUAAAAUUAAGUGUUAAGUGUUAAGAAUUAAAAAAAAAUUAAGUGGGAAAAAUAUUUUUAAUUAUUGUGAAAACCGUUGUCGUGGUACGUGGGCCUUGGAUUGAUUAGGCAUGAGUCCGAAACUCCAUGAAUUCGUAGUUGUGUUACAGCGUGACGGCCAGAAUACACCUUGGGGAAUACGUCUUGUGGGUGGUAAUGAUUUGGAUACACCACUAAUCAUUACAAGGGUGCAGGUUGGUAGUCCAGCACACGGUGAAGUCUUGCGUGGCGAUGUCAUUUCAAAAAUAAAUGAAUACGACGCCCGAGAUCUAAGUCAUGCAGAUGCUCAGUAUCUGUUUCGGAACGCUGGUAAUGAAAUUAGGAUUGUGGUACACAGAGAUAACAAAAUCGCAUAUACACAAGGCUUAAACAAUCCAGAUUCAUCACGCUGUAAUUCCACCAGUUUGCCAUCGACUAGCCCGGAAUUGUUGAAUGCAAGUCUAAACGCACCCCAUAGAGGUCCUUCACCAUUUUUACCAGGACCCGGACAAUAUGAACGUGCUUUGCAACUGCCAGUGGAUUCACUUCCACACACAGUAUUCCCCAAAUUAAAUCAGUCUGGUGGUUUUGUACCAAAUGAUGCUGCACGUUUUAGUCCAAUGCCGACACGAGAUCACCAACAAGAUGUAGCUGAGGAGCAAGCGGCUAUAGUAAAUCAACCUUACCGAACAACUCCACUGGUGCUGCCCGGUGCUAAGGUUAAGAAAGAUGCUCCAACCACAGAAUCGUACUUGAGACAUUAUCCCAAUCCAGCUGUACGUGCUCAUCCCGGACAUGAUUACCAUGAUAGCGUUAUGAAACAACGCGUUGCUGACACCAUGCUCCACAGAGUUGUAGGCAAGGAUGCUGAUACUGGCAGGGUUUUCCACAAACAAUUUAACUCUCCAAUUGGCCUGUAUUCUGACAGCAACAUUGAAAACACUAUCAGACAAACUGUUCCUAAUUCCAGUACAGAAAAUCGAGUAAGGAAUAGUCCUUUACAUCGUCCUUUGCCAACAAAGCUUGACCGUUAUAAGAAAACUCUCGUCUUCGAUCCAUCAAAAAGUGAAACUUAUCGAGCCAUUCAGGAAGAAGACUAUGGCAUGAAUGACAGCACCCCACACGAAGUAACAGUGCCCAUACAACAUAAGGUCUUCCAUCCCAAUAGAUUGGUUCCAGGAAAGAAACCAGUACAAUCAGCGCCCAUUUCCGGUCCGUCGUACAAUGUGGUGAAUACAAAUGAUGACACCAUUCGUCAAAGCGGAUCAUUUAAUCGUUUGAUGUAUAGUGUUUUGGGUUCAUCGACUUAUUAAUAUUAUAAUUAUUAUAUAUAAUAACAACAACAUUAUUAAUUGCAGCCACAAGAACAACCAUAGUAAACAGAAUAUCACAACAUCACUGACAAUAGCAGCAAAAUGUUUUCAUUUCAUAUGAAUUUUGAGAAUGUUUUAUUUGAUUAAAAAAAAUAAAAUUUAUAUAUAAAAAAAAAAAUAAAUAAAUAUAUUAAUUACUAACAAAAUAUAAAACAAAAUCUAUAUUUGAUUUGAAUCAUCUAUAACCACUAAUAUAUGCAUUAAUUGUAUUAAAUCAAUUGAAAUUUACAUAUGCAUUAAUACGAACUUUUAAAAA